UGACCACGAAGUUAGUUUGUGAAUUGGAAACUGGAGCAGUGCGAUUGGAAUCAUGGCAACCCAAAACGGAAGCAGCAAUGUGACGGCCAGCAAUGGUGUCCCUCAGACCAAGACCGCACUGAAGGUAGUUUUUGGUGCUAUGACAGUAGGCAAAGAAGGUGCCGAAGGAGCUCGCGUGCAUGACACCAAAGACAUUGCUUCUGUGCUAGAUGUCUUGCAGAAGCACGGCCAUGAUGAAGUCGACACUGCGCGAGUCUACGGUGCCUCCGAAGAACUUCUCGGCCAAGUCAACUGGAAAGAUCGAGGAAUAGUGCUGGAUACGAAACUCAACCCAGGUCGCUUUGGGCCAAAGCCGUAUUCACACAAGAAGAAUGACCUCAAGCGCGGACUCACAGACAGUCUGCAGGCGUUGCAGACCGACAAAGUAGACUUGUGGUAUCUGCAUACGCCGGACCACUCCACGCCGUACGAGGAGACUCUCGAAGCUGUAAACGAGCUCUAUAAGGCGGGUUACUUUCAGCGGUUCGGGAUCAGCAAUUAUGCCGCUUGGGAGGUUGCCCAGAUCUGUGAGAUGUGUGAGCGAAAUGGCUGGAAAAAGCCAGACGUCUACCAAGGCUGCUAUCACGCGUUACAGCGCACGGUCGAGCCGGAGCUGUUCCCUUGUCUUCGACACUACGGAAUCGCGUUUUAUGCGUUCAGCCCCCUUGCUGGCGGUAUGCUCACGGGAAAGUAUCAGCGCGACACCAGCGAGCACGAGCAGGGCAGUCGGUACGAUCCAAACAGGAGGCAGGGCAAGAACUUCCGUGGAAGGUACUGGAACGAACCGUACUUUGCCGCCCUGGAUGUGAUUAGGCCGGUAGCCGAUAAGCUGGGUAUGACGAUUGCUGAGGCUGCACUCCGAUGGUCGAGUCACCAUAGCUUGAUGAAAAGAGAGAACGGCGAUGCCGUAAUCAUUGGGGCGAGUAGUGCGGCACAGCUAGAGGAGAACUUGAGAUAUUUGGAGAAAGAUCCUUUGCCCGACGAGUUAGUGAGAGCGUUUGAUGAAGCAUGGGUGAUUGUGAAAGGAGUUUGCAAGUCGUACUUCAUGUAG